AUGAAAGGAGGUGGGCAGAAGCCAAACAGCCCCGCUGGCCAGGCCGAGCAGCAGGGAGCAAAGCAAAGGCUUUGCUUGGCUUAUCCAUCCACCCACCCGUGAUUUUCCAGGGCUUUGGAAGCUGCAGCUCCUCCGCUGACAGUGGGAUGGGUCGCUUGCAAAAGAUUCUCAUUCCCUUUCUGGGAUUGGUUUUGGCCUUCUGGUUCUAUUCUGCGAGGGACACUUUCAAACCGGAGAUGCUGCGGGGAAAGCGGGUGAUCGUGACGGGCGCCAGCACGGGCAUCGGGGAGCAGCUGGCAUAUCACCUGGCACGGAUGGGAGCCCACGUCCUCGUCACGGCACGGACAGAGGCCAAGCUGCAGAGCGUGGUGCGGCGGUGCCUGGAGCUGGGGGCGGCCUCGGCGCGCUUCAUCAGCGGCACCAUGGAGGACACGGCCUUCGCCCAGCGUGUGGUGAGGGAGGCACAGACCUCCCUGGGAGGCCUGGACAUGCUGAUCCUGAACCACGUCGGUGCAUCCUACUUUGGCUUUUUUGAUGGGGACGUUGAGCACGUCCGAAAGCUCCUGGAAAUCAACUUCCUCAGCUACGUGGCCAUGACCACGUCAGCCCUGCCCAUGCUGAAGGAGAGCGAGGGCAGCAUUGUGGUGGUCUCCUCCAUGGCAGGUAAAGUCGGGUUCCCCUUUACCGUCCCCUACUCUGCGACUAAGUUUGCCCUGGAUGGAUUUUUCAGCUCCCUGAGGCAGGAAUUCACCAUUCAGAGCAUCAAUGUCUCCAUCACGCUCUGCAUCCUCGGCUUCAUCGACACCGAGCGCGCAGUGCGCGCUGCCGCGGAGGUGCUGCGGGAGCGGCCGGCGCCGCGGGACGAGUGCGCGCUGGAGAUCCUCAAGGGCGCGGCGCUGCGCCGGAGGGAGCUCUACUACCGCUACAGCUCCACGCGGCUGCCGCUGCUGCUGCGGGACUGCGCCGCGGAGCUCCUCGACUACCUGGUGCGGAGCCGCUACCGCCUGCCCGCGGCCCCCGGCGCCGCCCGCCCGCCGCACUGAGCCCCGGGCUCCGGGAGAGCCCCGGGCUCCGGGAGCGGCCCCGGGCUCCGGGAGAGCCCCGGGAGCGGCCCCGGUUUUGCCCGGCAACGCCACCGCCCGCUCGGUGACGCGCUGGCGGCACCCGCAGGGACACAGCGGGGCCGCACCGGCGGCUCCCUGCCCCGCUCUCGGAACACUAAUUAUUAAGGUAAUUGUUGAAUAAAGUGUGCU